CUUCUUGAGAGAUGGAAUGAAUUCUGAAUGGUGUUGUAGUUUCAUAUUAUCUUUAAAAAGACUACUGCAAUAAGUUAACUAACAUUGAUAACAAUGUCGUUUAAUGCCGUGGAUGAAAAUGAAAGGCUUGAACUUAUUGAAGACGAAGAAAAGAUACGAACUGCUUUACAGUUGGAUGACGAAUCGUAUAGUUUAUUUUACAGUGACAGCAGUGAUGAAGACGAAGAGGAGGAAGAAACUGAUCAAUUGAUCAUUGAUUUGGAAUUACAGGAGUCUGAGAAUGCUGGUAAGAAGUGAAUUUCUACAAAUUUCUUUAAGUAUAUGAAUCUGCUCUCUGACUUUCCAGAAGCCUGUUAAAUUAGUAAAUAAACUAAAUUUUUAAGGCUGACCAGGCUGUCAUUCAUAGUACGUUUCCACAUAAUUCUGAUACACUUGACUUAAACUUAAUGCAAGUUAUAGAUUGCAUAGUAAUUAGUAUUACAGUACUGAACCAUAAUCAUAGUCAUAGUCAUAGCCAUUCAUUGAUUAAUUAAAAUUAAAACCCACAGUGCACAGUUUGAUUAUUGUUUGACUGAGAAUUUAUUUGAAUUUCUUUUUUCCAGUUCCAGGUUUAAAAUUAAAAUUAAGUUAAAAACAGUUAGGCCUAAACUUUACUGAUAAAUAACUUAUAGGCUUUAUAGAUAAAUAAAAAUAAAAACUGGACUAGAUUUUAAUUUAUUAUGUCAUCUAUAACAGCGUUCCCCAAAUGGUGGUUACAAUAACAAGCCAUAAAUUAUUAUUAUAUAUUUUUAACUUACUAACAUUUUUUUUUUUUCUGCACAGAUUUUCAUGCUGUUAUAUUUUUUGGGGGGGGGGGGGGGGGUUUUUUUUUUUUUUUUUUUUAAAAUAUUUUUAUUUUUUUAUUUUUUUGGGGGGGGGGGGGGGGAUUUUUUGACUUUUUUUUUUUUAAUCCCCCAGCUUGGCAUGUAUGGUUGUACCUAUGAAGUCAAAACUAUGUCAAUGACUCUAAGCAGCAUCAAACUUUUGCUUGAACUCAAUUAUUUUUUGUAUUUUUUUUUUUUAAUCCCCCAGCUUGGCAUGUAUGGUUGUACCUAUGAAGUCAAAACUAUGUCAAUGACUCUAAGCAGCAUCAAACUUUUGCUUGAACUCAAUGAACCAAAAAUAAGGACGAAUGUUUAAUAACCUUUUAUGCAAAAAAUGUGGAUUUUUUAAAGGCAGUGUCUACACGUCCGGCGCGUCGGACGUUUAUCUCCCGCACUAUUUGUCCGGCGACCAAGUCACAUGACCGCCGUAACAAAGUGGCGAGAGAUAUCUUGUCCGUUAGCCUUGUCACAUGACCGCGAAUGAUUCAAAACUAUUGUUAAUUUUAAAAUCUAUUUCUCUACCAAGUAAUGUACUGAGUAUCUUGAAUGCAAAUAAUAGAAAAAAAAACUUAAGUGAAAGUGGCUUGUAAACAUUUUUGUUUAGUUUUUUAUUUGAAUUUGUGUACCAGUAAUCCAUAAAUAAAUUAGGGGCCAGUAUGGGGUAGGCAACCAAUAAAAGUAAAAGAUUUUAUUUUAAAUUGUUUAAAUUGCUACAAAAUAUUUAAAAAUGUCUCAUGAAACUACUGUUGCUGAUGAACAUGAUAAUAUAAAUGUAAUAUAAAAUAUUUUAAAUUAAAAGGGGGGGGGGGGGGGGAACAAUCCCAUUCCGGGAAUUGAUCCACAUAUAUAAUAAUGUCAAGCGACCACUCUACCACAAGACCAAAAAAGAACUUCAAAAACUAUCAUUGUUCGGAAUAAUAACUACUACUAGCCGUCCAGUGGUCACGUGACAUGUCGACGGAUGUAUAUCUCGCGUACUAUUUGUCCGGCGCACCGGACGUGUAGACACUUCGUUUUAAAAAAUUUAUUUUGGAAAAAUUAGGAUCUUGUGUUUAAAAUAAUUAUGUAAUUAAUAUUCUUUUAUUACUUAGUAUAUAAUUUAGAAAAAUCAUGUAACUGUUACAUUUUGUUGAGAAAUAUGCUUGGAAUAAGGGUGAAAGUAAAGUGCUAACAAUUAGGUCACAAAAUUUGGAGGAAAAGUCAAUGAUAAUAAAAAGAGUACUUGAGGUCUGUACUAAAAAAUUCUCAACAUAUGAACCACUUGCACUUGAGCUAGAAAGUUGAUUUUGGUGUUUUUGGUAGCUAUUCGUUGGAGUCUAUUUAAAUAAAUAUUUUAGAAAUAUUACAGAAUUGUAAUACAGUAAUGGCUUCAAAAUAUGUUGUUUUUUUUUAAAACCAAGCUCACUUUUGAAGAAGAAAAAAAGGAUUAUUCCUAUGGUCUAUAAUUAUGCCUAUUCAUUUGAAUUUUAAAAAAUAACUAUCAAAAUGACACUCAAAAAUUAAUGGUAGGAUUGGAUAAUGUAAAAUAUUUGUUAAAUCUGUUUUACAAAAUCAUAUACAUAUGUACAAUUUUUCUUUUUUAAUUUCAAACCAUUAUUUUUACUGUACUGGAACGAUUCAAAUGACAAUAUGAGACAAGGAAACAUCCAAUUUUUCUAGGGGCAAAAAAAAGAAUAAUAACAUCUGUAACAUUUAUGAAUGUCUUACAGAGUCACAUCAUUAAUCUUCCAAAAUCAUAGUUGUUAAAAGUUGUUUUAUUUUCAUUCUAUUUUCAGAAACGGUUGGUACUUCCAGUUCCAGCCUCCUUUCAGUUAGGAAGAAUGUUGUGAGUAGAUUCUGAUGGAAUCAUAAAAGAAUUUUUUAAUAGUAAAGUUUAUUGAUAAUAGCAAUAGUGGUUUCUUGGGAAAUGUAUGUCUGAAAUGUUAUGAAAUACGAUGAUAUGGAAACCCUUGGGACCAAAGCAAAAGUGAUUCUAUUUGCAAGGGAGAUGUUACUCGCAAGUUCUGCUGAAUGAUUAUCAUGUUUAAUAAUUUGAAAGAAGACGUGCCCGUUGACUAUAAGAAGAAAUGAGGAAACAAACAAGACGUGCAUGCAUAACAUGUAUAUAUGUAUGUUAACUACAGAAUAAUCUACGUGUCCUAAAUUUUAUGCACCAAUCACUAACAACAUCCAAACAAUAUGUAAGUGCACUAUUGCCAUUUUGAUUGUCUUGCUUUUACUAUACUUUGGCCAAAUGUGCACACUUUGCCCACUGUUCAGUCUCAUAGUGAGUCUUCUGACAACACACAGGCAACACACAUUUUUUGAGCUACUUUCUAUUUCUUGUAUUUUUUUCAUUUGUCCUGUCUGCUGAGAAAGGCUCUUAGCCAAACAUUCUUCUUUUAUUGUCCUGUCUUUCUAUUUCAAGCUUCCACAAACCUUGUUCUGUUAUAUCCUUCAUUAUUAUCCUUGUUUCUUCAAAGAUUUCCCCUGAUUUAUUUGCAGGGCAAAACAUCAUUUUAUUCGACAGAAACAUUUCAUGUUGCUUUGGAUUUACUAUUUCAAGGGAGUUUUUUUAAAGAAAUUAUUAUCAAUUAUUAUUAUUAUAAAGAUUAUUUAAAAUUCAUGCUUCAUCCCCAAAGCCUCGAAGCACGGUACAUACCAGAUUGAAAUACAAAAUUCAACAUUACAAAACUACAUACAAGAAUACCCAUUCUAAGUCUUUCAUACCUUGCAACCAUAAACAACACAGGCCAAUAUACAUCUAAAAGAUAAUAGCUAGAUAGACAACAUCACCCCAGCGUGCGUUUGCGAAAAAGAUAAGUCUUCAAAUCAGUUUUGAAAGACUCCAGUGUCUGGCUGUUUCUGAUAACAAUAGGAAGAGUGUUCCAAAUUGUUGGGCCAGCAAAUGCGAAAGUGCGGCCCUCCUAAGUCUCAAGGCGAACACGUGGUAUCGAGAGUUUGCCAUUAUCAGAUAAUCAAUCCAUCCUAGGUGUGAGUUUGAGCUCAUCCCAAGGACAGUGCUAUUUCAAUGUGCCCUAUUUCAACGUUUCACUUUAUAUUUUAUAUGAAUAUAUAUUUUGUGUUCCUUAUUCGUUUUAGGCUGACGAUAACGCAAGAAAUCCUCUACAACUUCCAACACAAACAGAAUUUAUUAAUGACAAAGCUAGCCCAGAAAAUACCUUGACAUUAAACAGAGCAUUGCAGAAAAGUCUUAUGAACUACAUAGAAAAUAUCAAUCAAGCUUUGGAGAAAAAUACUCAGAAACAAGUAAUGUCUUUUCUUUUCCACAUUGCCUGCUACUAAAUUAAGAAAAAGCAAAUCUUAUAAAUGGUCCAACUUUUGAUAAACUUUGAAAUAGUUUUCCUACUUUAAUUGACUUAUUUGUGGCUCACUGCGUAAUGUUUAAUAUUAAAAAUAAAUGUAAUUGGAACAUUUUUGGCGCAUAAAAUUAGUGACGUAGUAUCUCUUCAUUGUUUACAAAAGUUGUUAAAACCAUGCGCUUUUACAGAGCUAUCACAUUUUUUUCUGAAGUUAAUCAUGAAAAUUUUAAGUGUCUUAAAAUUGAAUUAAGGUAGAAUUUUUUGGUGUAAGAAUAUAUUUGUACUUGUUUUAUUAUGUAUUGUAGCAGCAGUUGAAUUACUUUAAUUGGGUAACUUUCCAUUACCCUUGUAUCUGUAAGUCCUAUCCAUUACUCUUCUAUCUGUAAGCCCUUUCCAUUACUCUUCUGUAAGCCCUGGUUUUUAUGAAAAAGACAUGAAAGACACUAUAAGUACAAAAAACAUCAAUUAUUUCUUGAUUUCGUAUAAAAUUACAUGAAAAUUCUAAAGCAAUCGCAAAACGCUGGCUAAAUUAACAGUUGUAAUCAGGUCACCUUGCAGUGUGGCGCCCAGGAAGUUCUUAAUGUAAAUAAUAUUUUGCAUGCAUCCUUUCCAUAGGCCAAGCUGGACAAAAACCUCACAGAUGGGAACGGCCCUAAAUCAAAACCAGGAGCUAUUGGAGCUUUUAGAGCCCCUUAUUUCAGGGAUGGAUUGUCGGCAAGUUGUUUAAAGUAGCAUGAUAAACACUCCGCUUUAGCUAUUUACUCAUUUCAUUAUCAUGAAAGUUAUCUUGAAUUAAAAAAAGCCAAGAGUGGAUUAUUUUUUUAAGGAUAAAGACAAUGUUUGAAAAGUUUAUUAGUUUUUUUUUUGUUUUUUUUUUUAAAUUUACCUUCUAAAGCCACCUUCUUUUCAUUAGUAUCCCUCGGCAAAUGAGGAUGUUUUGAUAAAAAAACAGUCCAAAGACUAUGACUCCGUUGUAGUGGAAUCUUGGAAAGAACCUAGACACUACGGUAAGGAUUUUUAAUUUUGAGGCUAAAAAUUAAUAACAUUGCAAAACAAUGGUUUUAUUUUGUCAACCUUUUGAUUUCCCUCUAGACAAUUACUUCAUGCUGGUAUAAAUAAAAAAGAAAUCUUUUUUUUUUUAAAAUAAUUUAGCAGAAUGAAAAUCCUUCUUGUUUAUUGGUAUGUGAAAGAGAUUACUAAACUAACUGAGCAUAAGUGGGUUACAAUCUGUUUGAAAAUGUCCAGCAAUAGCCACCAAAGGUGCAUAUUCUCAAUAAAUUUGUGUAAUAGGCUUUAUGAGGGACAGGUGUAUUAAUAUUUUAGAAACUCAUUUGUAAAAAAUUAUGAGCUUGCUGGGGCUCUUAAAUAAAAAAAAUUGACCGCAUAAUUUCAUUUUUAUUUUUUAGUCAGGAAAUCCGUCAGAGCUAUGUUGCAACAAGCUGUGGUUGAAGAUUGUCUGGAGAAUCUGCUCAAACCAUACAUGUCAAGGUAAACACUUGAAUCUUAUUUAUGAAAUUUGCAAAAGAAGUAACUUAUAAUUUAGCUUAUUUAAUUCCAUGUGGGGCUAGAAGUUCAAGGGGAACCUUUCAUUGUACUGUGAUCACCCAGGGUGCCUAUCAUGACUGUUCAAGUUUACUGCUAUUGUCAUGGGAAUGUUGCUCUCAUUUAUGAAGAGAUCUAAUAAUUUAUCUCCUGUCUUCGCUAAGAGAAAGAGAUUUUUGCUAUAUUUCCAAACCUUAUGAGACGUUAAAUAAUUCCAUUGUACUCUUUAUGUGUGUGUGUAAAUUAAUAUUUCUCUGUGUAAAUUAAUAUUUCUCGUGCGGAUAUACUGAUUUUCCAUCGAGCGCCUGCCCAGGUGGCGGAUAUGGAAAUAAAAUACCCGGGGCGGACAAAAAUCAGAAUCUUCUGCCUUGUAGGAAAUGGGGGCUUCUGCCUUGUAGGAAAUGGGGGGGGUGGGGGUGUUAAGGAUUUGUUUGUGUUUUGUGAGUGCAUGUUUGGUGCUGAGAUUAUCUGUGAAGCUAUUGCUAUAUGCUUUGCAUUUUGUGACGUAUUUUGGGUAUGGGAAAUGAUGUGGUUAUAUGUGUUAUGUUUUGGAUAGCAGUAAUAGAAGUUAGUGUUGGAGCGUUAGUAAUGGACUUGCAGAGUGAGAACGGUAUGAAGAAGACACGCUGUAUAAUUAAUAAAGGGACAUUUGUUACAUGAAUCAUUGUUUUGUCAAAUUAUUAAAUUAUCCCUAGAAAACGAAGAUAUUGAACUGAUAAUUUCCAGUUCGUAACAGCAGGAUCCUCAAAAGCUAAGGGAACUGUACCCGAAAAUUAAGGCAGCUAUCCUAGAGAGCUGUUAGGAGCAGCCCCCCCAGAAGGUUGUGCGCCAGGCCAAAAACUCAGGCAUGUACAACAAAAAAUAAACAUAUAGCCAUACAACAAAAUAAAACCUGGACUGAUUCUAAUGGAAAUGCCUGGCUAUUGAUUUUUGGAUUGUCACUUGGAACCUACUAAUUCUGUUUAGAGCAGGCGCCUUAGCCAACCCAAUAGAUCAACAAAUUAAGUAUAUAAUCUCUAUCUCUGCAUGGCUAGAAACUCUAUGGAAACUUGCAGACAUCCUCAGUACAAGAGACUACACCAUAUUUUAUUGUGGCAACAACACCAACACUCUUGGACCAGGAUUUUCUGUGAAGAAAGAAGCCGUCGGUGCAGUCAUAGGUUUUAAGCCAAAGAAUAAAAGAUUGUGCUCUUUGCGUGUGCGAGGGAAAAUGUUUAAUACAACAUUUAUAAAUGUACAUGCUCCCACCGAGAAUAAAGAAGGGGAAAUAAUUCGUAUCCGGAAAUUUUAUCUAAUGAAAUUUCGUUGACAGUAAUUUGAACGAACGUAAAUUUGGUUGAAUCUUUUUUUCAGUUUUGACGUUAAAAUUUUGCUUCAAAUUUCUUUUUGAAUGCAUUAUUUUGUUUUACUUUAUAGUAUAGUGCUUUCAAAAAGAAAUUUGAUGAAAAUUUUAACUUGUGAACUGAAAAAAAGAUUCGCCCAAAUUUCCUUUCGAUCAAUUAGCCGUCGACAAAAUUUCUUUCCAUCAAAUUUCCGGUAAGCGAAAUAAUUAAAAGAAUCCAUUUAUGGAGACCCUGGGAAAAGUUCUAUGAAGAGGCACGACGACAUGAUAUUAAAAUAGUGAUUGGCGAUUUCAAUGCCAAAAUAGGGAAAGAAAAAGUGUUCAUGCCAACUAUCGGCAAGGAGAGUCUGCAUGAAGAAUCCAAUGACAAUGGACCAGGACCAGACUUGUAGACUUUGCUUCAGGAAAAGGGAUGUCAGUUAGCAGCACUAAGUUUCCACCGAAAAAUGUACAUCCAUUAUUUGGAACUGACCAGACACAAUCACUCAAAACCAAAGUGACCAUGCUCUAAUCAAUCAGAGGCAUGGAUCAGACUUACUAGAUAUGAGAAGCUAUUGAGGAGCAGUUACUGCAAUUAGGAAAGAAGAGAAAAUUCCAACAGAUUGGGAAACAGAACUAAUAACUGCAGUCAUACACUACAGAGGAAUUUCCCAAUUAAAUGUUGUAUACAAAAUACUGACAAAAAUAAUUGCCAAGAGACUACAACCUUAACACUGAACAAACACUAAGUGACUUCCAAUGUGGAUUGAGACUUUAACAGAAUCAAUGACUGAUCAGAUUUUCACCAUCAGCGGCCAAUUAGAGAAAUGUUAUGAAUAUAAUAUCCCAGUACGUAAACUCUACGUGGGCUAUAAAAUGGCUUAUAACAGCAUCAAAAGAAAAUAUCUAACGAGUCUCUGCAGCAGUUUGGCAUACCCAACAGACACGACUGAUAUAUUUAACAGUAAAAAACUCAACAAAAAAAAUCACGUUCAUGGUGAAUUUUAAAGGAAUUUCAGAUUAGAUGAGGCCUAAGACAAGGAGACUCACUGUCUCGUAUGCUAUUGAACCUAAAAUUGGAGAAAGUUAUAUGAAGCAUACAUAUUGACACCCGAGGAACAAUAACAGGAUACUUUCUCAGGGGAAAUCCAAGACCCACAACUAAUGGGCACCCUCUUCAGUAGUAAAGAUAUAUCAAAUGCUUUAAUUGAAUUAGGAGAUGCAUCACUACUAGCAGGGCUGGAAGUUAACAGCCAAAAAAAACAAAACACAUGAUGAGGUUAAAAAAAGAACAGACAGAUGAAACCUUAAAAAUUAGACAUCACACUUUUGAACAAAUAAAAAAAAUUCAAAUACCUAGGAUUUUUAUUAAAUGAAAGAAAUGAAUUGCUUUCAGAAAUAAUAGGAAGAAUAUUGAUCAUAAACAGAGCAUACUUCAGUAGCCAGAAAAUACACAAAAGUAAAAACAAUACAAGAAAAACAAAGAAAACUAUUCAGACCAGUUGUAACAUAUGCAAAAAAAACUUGGACCCUAACAAAAACAGCAGCAAACCUAUUAAGAUAAGAUAUUUUUAUUAAUCCAAAUUAAUAGAAAUUUUAUUUUUUACAUUCUUCAUUGUACAUAUUUUUGUUCAGUCCUAGAAAUGCUUGUUUGAGUUUUCCGUCGUUCCCUAAUAUUAGUCUGUAGCAAGACUUUCGGCAUGUAAUUGUGUGGUAAGAAAACUGUUCAGUUCUGGAGUGAGAACGGAGUCUUGGAGUUUUGAUUGAACGGAGUUUUUCCUCUCCAAGAUCAAGGCCACGCCUUUUGUCUGUAGUCAAUUUGUCUUUGAAUUGUUGUUUUGAUCUUUCCAUUUGUUUACAAGAUGGUGUAUCAAUUAUUUCAAAAACAGCCGCUAUGGAUUUGUCUCGGUGUAUGGCAACGAUGUCCAAAAAAGUCCAUGUCACCACUGUUGAUCGUGGUAAAGAACACAAGAUUACCCGUCAAAGCAGAUAAAAAAAACCUCAACACGCCUUGAUUCCAAAGAAAACUUUGUAAAAACUUUCAAACUAUGACGAAAGCUUAAAAAAUAUGCGCAGAUGAAAUCGAGUCACCUGCAGAGUGUCUCCCCGGAAGUAAACACGUGGGAGAAAAAAGUUCUCUGGAAAAUAUAAGGACCAAUUAAGGAUGAAUAUGGAAAAGAAAAGCAUCAGUUAUGUCUGAGUGGAAGGAUGAGGUGAGUCGGGCCAAAGCCCUACAGGGACUGUAGCACCACAGGAAUGGAUUUAAAUUAACAUUUGAAUUUUUUUUAGGAGUGUAAUCUUUUCAAUCGCUGUGCUGUAAGUUGAUAUAGUUUUUGUUUUCAUUUGAAUUUGUAUUUUUGUAGAAAUGUAAAAAUUAAAUGAGCAUUGUUAGUAUCUCUAGUUUUGGUAAUGUUUUCUUUGGGUACUAUUUUUCUCCAUCCUUUGUUAAGUAUUGUUCUUUCUAAGAGUCAAAUCUUAACAUAGAUUAAAUUGUCAAAACCAUAAUGACACGUAACAAGAGUAUCAAACAGACCCAUGUAGAACCUAUCGAAAAUUGAUGAUAAAAGUGAUGUGGAUUUACCUGUAAUUGAAGAUGGCUCAGAAAACUGAUUACUGGUGCAUCACUUGUCAAUAAUUGACACAGACAACUUUCCCUGGAGAUGGCAGUCAGCUUGUGAAAAUGUGCAGAUGCUUAGCCUCAGAUAGUCAUUGGAAGUUAACGACCUUGUUUUUAAUUAUGGUUACUUAAUAAUAUUCAUUUUUAUCAUUAAUAAUAAAAAGCCGACUUUUUCAAUUUUUAAAAAUACUUGAUUCUUUUCUUUUAAAAAAAAAAGAUAAAUUUCCAAUUGGAGUAUACCUCUUUACCUAGACUUGUCUAAGAUUUUCCGAAGUCAGUGAGGUUGGACUGGUCAAUGAGUAAAGAAAAAUAUUUUUUCAGUUAAAGAAGUUUAAGUGACCUUGUCGGAUAAAAUAAUAUAUUUUUUUUUUUUUUAAAUUUUUAACAGGAUGGAAGGUUUGAUUCAGAAAUGUAAAGCUUGCAGCGAUGAGUUGGAGGAGAUUUCGCAAGACAUAAACAGGGAAACAAAAACUUUAGAGAGCUCAGCUAAAACUUCUACCGAAGAGGCUCAGGAGGCACUCAGGGAGAGCAUUUACAUGCGUGGACUGGAGCAGCAAGAGAAAAGGUCUUUAUCUAAACUUCAGUAAACAUGUUAAUCUCAAUCCUGCUGGAGCUUAUUUUGAGUAGAAGAACCAGAGAUAUUUGAAACUUGUGAAAUAUUUUUUAAAAUGGCAAAGAUUAUUUUAAUCAUAAAUUAAAUUUUAUUUUGUUUAUUCUAAAUUUUUGUAAACAAAUUUUGUAUAUAGGAAAAAAACUUUAAAAAAAAAAAAAUUCAUACCUUUUAUUUAUUGACAAUGAAGAGUAAUAAUUUGUGACUGAGAGGCAGAAGUCAUUUAAAAAUUUAACAAAGUCGCCUAUAAACUUUUUUAUUUUAAUUUAAAAUAAUUUUUAAAAAUGUCUCUUUGUCAAUUUUCAGGAAUGAACUGAAACAAUAUCAAGCAGAAAUAACACAAGUCGAGGAGGAAAUUAAAGAAAAAAAGUAGGAUCAAAAGUGUCAUUAUAUCAGUUUAGAUAUCAACCUAUUCAAUAACACCUCCACUGACAUGUGGCAUCCAUAUCUAUUAUGCUACCGUGUGCUUAAAUAUUUCCUGUUCAAGUAUUAUCAUUGCUUUGUUUCUUCCCCGCAGGAAUACACCAGAAGAAGAAUUACUUGCAAAUGUAGAUUCUGAAAAAGUUGACUGGAUGAAGAUUUCCAAAAGAAAUGUGAGAAAUCAAAUGUCCACCUUGCGCUUCCUUCCAAAAUAUAGUUGAAAUUACAUUUACUUUAGUUGUUUUAAUUUUAAAAUUUUAAUUGUAAUAUAACCAUUUAUCAUGAAAAUAAAAAUUUAACUUAACAUAUAAGCAGGUGCUUUGAUUAGAAAUUUCACUUAUUAAUAAUCUCUUAUUUCUACCAAAAAGUAUUUACUAUAUCCUUGGUUAGACUGAUUUCAAAUUCAGUAUUCAUAUGAACAUUUUAAGUGAACAAGUUUGAAUUUAUUCAAAGGGCAUCUAGCCAGACGAUGGCUUUUAUAAAACUGGGGGCGGCAGAAACCUUUACAGCUCACAUUCUUUCGACUUAGUUUUUGGCGCAAAACAUUAACAUCACCUCCUAAUUCCAGCAAUUUGGCGGAAACAGCUCCUGGAUUGACUGCCAGAAAGCUUGGGAUAACCAGGUGCGUCCAACUCUAAACACAUCAGCGUGGAGCAAGGAGGAGGAAAACAAGCUGCUGGACCUUGUGACCAAUUCAGAGACUGGUAACUGGGCAAACAUUGCUGCAGACCUUGGGGUAGGUUCAUGGGGGUGGUUUAGGAUAUUUGGUUGGAGGAGUUGUUUAACUGAGAAUUUCACUUCUUUGUCAUGUUUUUUUUUUUACCCCAUAUUUUUUUUAAAAAUUGAUUACUGCAGCAUUAAAUUAUUUAAGGUAAUUUUUUAUUAGAUUAUGAUAGUAUUAGAUUAUGAUAGCAUUAGAUCAUGACUGGAUUAGAUCAUGACUGACAGCAUUAGAUCAUGACUGACAGCAUUAGAUCAUGACUGACAGCAUUAGAUCAUGACUGACAGCGUUAGAUCAUGACUGACAGCAUUAGAUUAUGACUGACCGCAUUAGAUUAUGACUGACAGCAUUAGAUUAUGACAGCAUUAGAUUAUGACAGCAUUAGAUUAUGACAGCAUUAGAUUAUGACAGCAUUAGAUCAUGAUUGACAGCAUUAGAUCAUGAUUGACAGCAUUAGAUCAUGACUGACAGCAUUAGAUCAUGACUGACAGCAUUAGAUCAUGACUGACAGCAUUAGAUUAUGACUGACAGCAUUAGAUUAUGACUGACAGCAUUAGAUUAUGACUGACAGCAUUAGAUUAUGACAGCAUUUAGAUCAUGACUGACAGCAUUAGAUCAUGACUGACAGCAUUAGAUUAUGACAGCAUUAGAUUAUGACAGCAUUAGAUUAUGACAGCAUUAGAUUAUGACAGCAUUAGAUUAUGACAGCAUUAGAUUAUGACAUUAGAUUAUGACAUUAGAUUAUGACAUUAGAUUAUGACAACAUUAGAUUAGGACAACAUUAGAUUAGGACAACAUUAGAUUAGGACAACAUUAGAUUAUGACAGCAACUAAGGUUUUCCUCUUCUCCACUACACUGAUCAGCUGAAUUCACGUUUAUUUGAAUAAUAAAAAUUGUUUAAACUCUUUGGAAUAGGAACUUGUGUCUAGAUACAAAGCAGAAGGGAAUAGGAACUUGUGUCUAGAUACAAAGCAGAAGGGAAUAGGAACUUGUGUCUAGAUACAAAGCAGAAGGGAAGAGGAACUUGUGUCCAGAUACAAAGCAGAAGGGAAUAGGAACUUGUGUCUAGAUACAAAGCAGAAGGGAAUAGGAACUUGUGUCUAGAUACAAAGCAGAAGGGAAUAGGAACUUGUGUCUAGAUACAAAGCAGAAGGGAAUAGGAACUUGUGUCUAGAUACAAAGCAGAAGAGAAUAGGAACUUGUGUCUAGAUACAAAGCAGAAGGGAAUAGGAACUUGUGUCUAGAUACAAAGCAGAAGGGAAUAGGAACUUGUGUCUAGAUACAAAGCAGAACUUCAUGUUGUGUCUUGUUACCAGUGAUAUUUACGAUCUAUUAAAUUUGGCAUUUUUUUUAAAGCUUGGAUGAGAAUUUUAUGACUGCUUCGUUGGGUUGAAGUUUUCAACUUUUUUAUAGGCUAGAUAAUUAUUUGUUAUGAAUUUUAUGUCAUAUUGAGAGUUUUAAUGAAAUAUAAAUUUGUUAAUACUUAUCUAUAUUAUUAUACAUGAAACAAUUUACGUUAGCCAAAAUGACAAAUCAUAAAGUGAAAAGAGUAUUAAAAAAAGCUUUGAAUAAAGUUUUGGUCGGCUAAUUAAAAUCCAAGCAGCAAAAGUCUGCUAGAUGAUUUAUUAUUAUAAAUUUAGAAAUAUACAUGCUUUAUUAUUAAGGAUUGAGAAAUAGACAUGAUUUAUUAUUACAGAUUGAGACAUAUACAUGAUUUAUUAUUACAGAUUGAGAAAAACACAAAGACCUAAUAAUAAUAAUUCAAUUAAAAUCAUAAUUUUAUUGUUCUCUAAAUUUGCUAUCAACCUGUUGUAUUCUAUUUUAAAAACUCAACUAACCUGCUGAUGGUUUAACAAUAUCUUUUUAUAUGAUUACAUUGUUGUUAAUUUUGUAAUUUUUUAUUUUAAUUCAGAGCGGACGCACGCCUUUUCAGUGCUUCAGUCACUAUCAGAGAAACUUCAACCCAGAGCUCAAACCAAGGUGAUCAUUGUGUCCUAAGAAUGUGUUUACGAGACAAAGUUUUAAAAUAAUUAAAAUUAAUUAGUAGAUUCUGGCCAUUUUUUGGAGAUAAUUUUUCCAUUAUUUUUGUAAUAUUUCAAAAAAAUAAUUCUUUGUAUUCAAGAAUUAUUUGCAUUGCUCUUUAGAUUCGUAUUACUUUUUAAGGGGAGAGGAGGGGGAGGUAAUUCCUGGUGUUUUCUUCUGAUGAAUUUCCCUAAACUAUUACAUCUGCUGCCAUAAUUAGUUACAGCUCCAAUCAGACAUAAAGGUGCCAAGCAUCAGUUAAGAGCUGAGCCCAGAUUAUGACGGCAUUAGCUUAUAAUGGAAUUAGAUGUGGCCCAGGAUAUACUACUCUGUCAAAAGACCAUUUUGUUUUUUGUUAUUAUUGGAUUAAUGUUUUUGGUUUUGUUUUUUAUUCAGGCCUUGGACGAAGGCAGAGAAUGAAAAACUGCUGAAAGUCACCACCAACACUAAAGAAAAUAUGGGCUACUACAGCUGGAGGCAUGGUCAGUUUAUAAUAGUUUACUCUAUAGGCUACUACAGCUGGAGACAUGGUCAGUUUAUAAUAGUUUACCCUAUGGGCUGCUACAGCUGGAGACAUGGUCAGUUUAUAAUAUUUUACUCUAUGGGCUACUACAGCUGGAGGCAUGGUCAUUUUAUAAUAGUUUACUCUGUGGGCUACUACAGCUGGAGGCAUGGUCAGUUUAUAAUAGUUUACUCUAUAGGCAACUACAGCUGGAGACAUGGUCAGUUUAUAAUAGUUUACUCUAUAGGCUACUACAGCUGGAGGCAUGGUCAGUUUAUAACAAUUUACUCUAUGGGCUACUACAGCUGGAGGCAUGGUCAGUUUAUAAUAGUUUACUCUAUGGGCUACUACAGCUGGAGGCAUGGUCAGUUUAUAAUAGUUUACUCUAUAGGCUACUACAGCUGGAGGCAUGGUCAGUUUAUAAUAGUUUACUCUAUAGGCUACUACAGCUGGAGGCAUGGUCAGUUUAUAAUAGUUUACUCUAUGGGCUGCUACAGCUGGAGACAUGGUCAGUUUAUAAUAGUUUACCCUAUGGGCUGCUACAGCUGGAGACAUGGUCAGUUUAUAAUAAUUUACUCUAUGGGCUACUACAGCUGGAGACAAGGUCAAUUUAUAAUAGUUUACUGUACGGGCUACUACAGCUGGAGACAUGGUCAGCUUAUAAUAGUUUAUGGGCUACUACAGCUGGAGACAUGGUCAGUUUAUAGUUGUUUACUUAUGCCAACCCGACACUUUGCAUCUGGUUCAAUCAAGCCCUUUGGAUUAAGGUUCUGAGCUUUCCUGGUCAAGUUACUAGCUGUCCUGGUUUAGCUCAGUUUUGCAGCAGGGCAGUACCGAACAAACUAUGAAUGCUAUUUUAUUUUCAGUUGUCAAAUCUUGUUAAUUAGCAUUGCAUUUUAUCUAGUCUGUUUGGAAUACACCAUCUCAUAAAUUUUAAGUGUCUAGAACAUACAUUUAAUUUUUUUAACACUAAUAAACUGCAUGGUUUUCAGUAUCAUUAUAUGACACAAUUAGUGAGAGGUGGGCAUUUAUCACAAGAAAUUUCCUCUCCACAGUGGCCUCCAUGAUAGAGUCCAGAAGUCCCAUAGAGUGCAUGUUGAGGUUCAAUAAGAUAGAUCCCAAGCAGCACCAUGGCAAGUGGUCCUCAUUUGAAGAUGCUGUAAGUUGCUUUGACCUUUUAGUUAGCAAGAAUGCUCAAUAUCUCAUAGGUUUCCAUGAACAUCUUCGUUGAUAUUGAAAGUUUCCCUGAACAUCUUCGUUGAUAUUGAAAGUUUCCCUGAUCAUCUUCGUUGAUAUUGAAAGUUUCCCUGAACAUCUUCGUUGAUAUUGAAAGUUUCCCUGAACAUCUUCGUUGAUAUUGAAAGUUUCCCUGAACAUCUUCGUUGAUAUUGAAAGUUUCCCUGAACAUCUUCGUUGAUAUUGAAAGUUUCCCUGAACAUCUUCAUUGAUAUUGAAAGUUUCCCUGAACAUCUUCGUUGAUAUUGAAAGUUUCCCUGAACAUCUUCGUUGAUAUUGAAAGUUUCCCUGAACAUCUUCGUUGAUAUUGAAAGUUUCCCUGAACAUCUUCUUUGCUAAACAUUUUUGUUGAUAUCGAAGGUUCACUGAACAUCUUUGUUGAUACUGAAAGUUAACCUGAACAUCUUCAUUGAUUUUGAAAGCUGCCCUGAACCUCUUCUUUGAUAUCAAAAGGUGCACUAAACAUUUUGUUGAUAUCAAAAAGUUCACUGAACAUAUUUGUUGAUAUCGAAAGGUUCAAUGAACAUCUUUAAUGAACAUAUCAAAACUUAUCCCGGUCUCAUCCCAUAUCAAUGGAGAUAAACACAAAGGGCAUCAGAUGUUUCCAUCAAGGCUCUGAUUUCCUGUACUAACACACCAGCUAGAGGUUAGGAAGGAAAACAAAUUGAUUCCGAUUUUGUGCACAAUAUCACCAUAUGGAAUCAAUCUUCCACUUAUGAUCCUCAAUUUUCCCGUAUUUCUUUUCUUAUUUCUUAUAUUUUACUUAUACCCUAAAUAUUUUUGUAGAUUAAAAUCUUAUUUUUCACAGUAAUAUUACAUAAAUUCUUUAAAUUCCAGUAAUCUUUUGGAGAGAAUGCAUCUUUCUGUUUUGGAAAACUUAACUUCUGGCAAUAACAUAGCAUUCAUGGCAAACUCCAAACACUGAAAGUUUUUGAACUGUUUUCUAUCUCUUGUUGUUUCUUCUUUUGUCCUGUCUGCUGAAGAAGGCACUUGGCUGAAACGUUCUCUCUUCAUUGUCUUGUCUUUCUAUCUCAAGCUUCCACAUAACUUGUACCACUAUUUCCUUCCACUCUCAAUUCAAUAUUGUCAUGAAUGUGUCAAUCAAAAUCAAAAGUGAUAGUCUCAAUUCAUUCUAGUCAUGAUUGUGUUAUUCCAAAGAGAUUGUCUCAAUUCAUUCUAGUCAUGAUUGUGUUAUUCCAAAGAGAUUGUCUCAAUUCAUUCUAGUCAUGAUUGUGUUACUCCAAAGAGAUUGUCUCAAUUCAUUCUAGUCAUGAUUGUGUUAUUCCAAAGAGAUUGUCUCAAUUCAUUCUAGUCAUGAGUGUGUUAUUCCAAAGAGAUUGUCUCAAUUCAUUCUAGUCAUGAUUGCGUUAUUCCAAAGAGAUUGACACAAUUCAUUCUAGUCAUGAUUGCGUUAUUCAAAAGAGAUUGUCUCAAUUCAUUCUAGUCAUGAUUGUGUUAUUCCAAAGAGAUUGUCUCAAUUCAUUCUAGUCAUGAUUGUGUUAUUCCAAAGAGAUUGUCUCAAUUCAUUCUAGUCAUGAUUGCGUUAUUCCAAAGAGAUUGUCUCAAUUCAUUCUAGUCAUGAUUGUGUUAUUCCAAAGAGCUAGUCUCAAAUCAUUGUAGUGACGACUGUGUCAUUUUAAAGGGAUUGUUACACAUUUGCAAUGAAUGUUGAUAAAGCGUGAACUACUAAAUUAUUAUUUUUAAGUUUUAAAAAAAAAUUUUGUAGGGUAUCAAAUGUGUAAAACUACUAAGAGAAAUGUUGUGUUUAGUGUUAUAUUUUAGUUCAAUGCAUUGUUUGAACUUAAGAUUUAUAACUUCAUGUUCUUAACAGAAACUUCUGGCUGCUGUGGAGAUUCUUGGCUUCUCAUGGUCUAAAAUAUCUAAAUAUGUUGGAACUCGCAACAUGAUGCAGUGCAGAGACAGGUAAAUUGAUUGUUUUAUUUUGUGAGGGGACCAAAUGAGAGGACCACAUGAGAGGACCACAUGAGAGGACCAAAUCUGUGAACUUUUGUAUUUAGGGGUUUUUGGAAUAUUUUUGAAAAAAUUAAAUUGACCAAAUAAUAUUUUGUACAUGAAUUAUAUUCAAUAUUCUGCCCUGAUGUCAUGCAGUACACAGGGAUAAAUGGAGCUACUGUACGCUAUCUACUCAGUAGAGCUACUUAUUGCUAUCUAUUCAUCAGAUAUGUCAACUGCUUGGCUCCUAAUCUCAAUUUCACUUACUUUACCUAUGAUGAGGACUUGAAGCUUCUCAAACUAUAUAAGCAGUUGGGUCCAGGUAAACCACACUUUUGAUUAUCUGGAGAAGAAAAUUCUGAACAAAUUUAGAGACUUGAAAAAUGCAACAUGCUAAAUUUAGUUGAAUCACCAUUUUUUUUCUUAUCAAAUUUUUCAAAGUUAACAUACCUUUUCAAGGUUAACAUACCUUUUCAAAGUUAACAUACCUUUUCAAAGUUAACAUACCUUUUCAAAGUUAACAUACCUUUUCAAAUGUGCAUUUAAUUAAUUGGUAAAUUGAGAAAUAUUUUUUUUGUUGUUUUAAGUGAAAAUUUUAUUUUUAAAUAGUCACAUAAAUGUACUAAAACUAAUCUAGUUAGUUUAAGAAAAUGUGAAGCUGAAAUAUCCACUGUUGACUGUGUUCCCAUGGAAACCAACAUUUAGUUUGGUGCAAGAUGUCUCCACAUUUCCAAGGCCGUACAGACAGUAUGCUACUGGGUCGACAUAAAACUCUCCUCAAAUGGAAAGAACAGAAGGAGUGGUUUGAUAAACAAACAGUAAGUUUGACAUUAAAUGUUAUCAUUUAGUAAACCAUUACAUGCUAAUAUUCAGUAAACCAUUACAUGCUAAUAUUCAGUAAACCAUUACAUGCUAAUAUUCAGUAAACCAUUACAUGCUAAUAUUCAGUAAACCAUUACAUGCUAAUAUUCAGUAAACCAUUAUAUGCUAAUAUUCAGUAAACCAUUACAUGCUAAUAUUCAGUAAACCAUUACAUGCUAAUAUUCAGUAAACCAUUAUAUGCUAAUAUUCAGUAAACCAUUACAUGCUAAUAUUCAGUAAACCAUUACAUGCUAAUAUUCAGUAAACCAUUAUAUGCUAAUAUUCAGUAAACCAUUAUAUGCUAAUAUUCAGUAAACCAUUGUAUGCUAAUAUUCAGUAAACCAUUACAUGCUAAUAUUCAGUAAACCAUUAUAUGCUAAUAUUCAGUAAACCAUUAUAUGCUAAUAUUCAGUAAACCAUUAUAUGCUAACAUUCAGUAAACCAUUACAUGCUAAUAUUCAGUAAACCAUUAUAUGCUAAUAUUCAGUAAACCAUUACAUGCUAAUAUUCAGUAAACCAUUAUAUGCUAACAUUCAGUAAACCAUUAUAUGCUAAUAUUCAGUAAACCAUUAUAUGCUAAUAUUCAGUAAACCAUUAUAUGCUAACAUUCAGUAAACCAUUAUAUGCUAAUAUUCAGUAAACCAUUAUAUGCUAAUAUUCAGUAAACCAUUAUAUGCUAAUAUUCAGUAAACCAUUACAUGCUAACAUUCAGUAAACCAUUAUAUGCUAAUAUUCAGUAAACCAUUAUAUGCUAAUAUUCAGUAAACCAUUACAUGCUAACAUUCAGUAAACCAUUACAUGCUAACAUUCAGUAAACCAUUAUAUGAUAAUAUUCAGUAAACCAUUAUAUGCUAAUAUUCAGUAAACCAUUAUAUGAUAAUAUUCAGUAAACCAUUACAUGCUAAUAUUCAGUAAACCAUUACAUGCUAAUAUUCAGUUUAACCAUUAUAUGCUAAUAUUCAGUAAACCAUUACAUGCUAAUAUUCAGUAAACCAUUACAUGCUAAUAUUCAGUAAACCAUUACAUGCUAACAUUCAGUAAAUCAUUACAUGCUAAUAUUCAGUAAACCAUUACAUGCUAAUAUAUUCAGUUAACCAUUACAUGCUAAUAUUCAGUAAACCAUUACAUGCUAAUAUUCAGUUAAACCAUUACAUGCUAAUAUUCAGUAAACCAUUACAUGCUAAUAUUCAGUUUAACCAUUACAUGCUAAUAUUCAGUUUAACCAUUAUAUGCUAAUAUUCAGUAAACCAUUACAUGCUAAUAUUCAGUAAACCAUUAUAUGCUAAUAUUCAGUAAACCAUUACAUGCUAAUAUUCAGUUUAACCAUUAUAUGCUAAUAUUCAGUAAACCAUUGCAUGCUAACAUUCAGUAAACCAUUACAUGCUAACAUUCAGUAAACCAUUACAAACUAAUAUUCCAUUAAAAACUAAUAUUCAGUAAACGAUUACAUGCUUAUGUAGCUGAGUGGUGGUGUGGCUUACAGCUUAAAUUUUAUAACAGCACAGAAAUGCAGAUCUUGAGACUUAUAGCUUUGUUUAAUCAUCGUGUUGUAAAAUAAUUUUGCACAGACAGCCACAUCUCAAAAACACAUGUAGCCAACCUCAAGCAUCAGUGUACACACAGCACGUCUCCGUUCACACACUCAGUACCAGACCAGGCCUUUUUCUUGGGAUAAAUCACCAGCCUUAUAUACAUUCCACACCUGGGAACUCAUGACAUCUGUGUCGUGAGCUGUUCACCGGUCACCUGCGGGAUAGCCAUGCCCAGUUCAGUGGUUGUGAACACACCUGGGGUAAACAAUCGUACAAUAGGAGCGCGGUACACUGCCCCACAGGUGGCACACUGCCCCACAGGUGGCACACUGCCCCACAGGUGGCACACUGCCCCACAGGUGGCACACUGCCCCACAGGUGGCACACUGCCCCACUAAUAUUCAGUGAAACAGUGGUCAGCAAACUCACUAGUCAAAAGAGCCAAAAAUCAGCAGUGGGACAAUUAACACAUUUUUGAGAGCCAAAUUUAUUUUCAAGAACCUGUCAAGAAUCAUGUUCUUCUAAGUCAAAAAUGAUUUGUGGCCAGCUGGCUGAGCCGCACUCAGGUCACUAAAGAGCCGCAUGCCGCGAUUUGCUGACCAUUGUAGUAAACCAUUUCAUGCUAAUAUUCAGUAACCCAUUUCAUGCAAAUAUUCAGUAAAACAUUUGAUGCUAAAAUUCAGUAAACCAUUUCAUGGUAAUAUUCCGUAAAUGAUUUGAUGCUAAAAUUCAGUAAACCAAUUCCAUGCUAAUAUUCACUAAACUAUUACUUACAGACUAAUUCAUUUAAAAGUUCAUUCAUUUUUGUCUUUGUAUGAUUUUCAUUUAAUGAAAUUUGCUUUUGUAAAAUCAAUACAUAUCUCACCAUCAAGACAUUUAUGGUAAAAUGAACUUGUCAAUUCCUAGAGACUUUUUAAAUCUAUGAGGCAUGUAGAAUCUUUGAGAGUUUUUAAAUCUAUGCAUAGAGUCGCUGAAGCGCUACUGGGCGUAGUUCUUGAAUGGCGACUCACGAAGAAUCGUUUCUUGGCCAGGGCUCCACCUUUGCAGUCGUCAAUGUGGGUCAACCCACAAACUGAGUUUUGGACAGCACGACAGUGUGGCUCAGAGCGCCCCCAUGUAAAUUGGACUAAUCUUUGUACAAAUUGACCGUGAAAACCCACCAAGCAGGGUGUGUUGAAUGGACUUGUUGAGUCUUUGAGACUUAUUAAAUCAACUCCUUUCAUUUUUCAGGAACAGACCAAAAGAAUGUUGUUGGGAAAGUCUUUGACGGCCAAUGAGAGAAGGAAGAUGGAGGCCAGAGCCAAAGAUUUCUUUGCUGUCAAACUUGGGGUGACACUGCAAGACUACAGACGCCAAGACCUGGACAGGAUGCAGGGAGUUGGUAGGUAGAUGGAAUGACACCAAACUAGGUAGAUGGAAUGACACCAAAGUAUGUAGAUGGAAUGACACCAAAGAAGGUAGAUGGAAUGACAUCAAAGUAGGUAGAUGGAAUGACACCAAACUAGGUAGAUGAAAUAAUGCCAAACUACAGACCUGUUUACUCAUAUGGUUUUGGCAUACAAUGUAUGAUUUCGAGAGGUCUUUUACUAUUGUACACAAGACCUGACAGAACUACAAUUUUAAGAGACCGGCGUUGAAAAUAUAUACAUUCUGGGUGGUUUUUUUUAUGAUUAAAAAAUAAUUAAAAAUAUAGUAGCUUUUUGUUUUCAUAUUGAAUUUCCUACACACUGCAAUAGUACUAUUUGCGUAGUCAACCUAGUGACAAUUUUAUUUUAGUCAGUCCUGGACACCCAGUAAGUACAUACACACUGAGUGGCGAAGAAUGGUUGUCGAUUUUUUAGAUUUUUCCUAGACGUACAUAUGACACGGGGGGGGGGGGGGGGGGGUUCUCGGCAGAAAGUAAAAAAAAACAACAAUAUUUUUCCUGAAACUCUGAAAUUGGAAAAAUAGCAAAUUUAUAUCUUGAAUGCUGUAAAAAUAUCAUGCAAUGUUUUUGGAAAUUAUCUUCAUACUGUUUCCAUGUACAAAUGAACUUGCUCUACUGAGAUAGUACUAAGUAGUAGAGAUAUUGCAGUUAUUUAGCCACCGUAUGUUCCAGGCGCAUGUGAAGUAUAUUUUGUUGUGCUACUCCAGUGCUUCUAAAAUUUUUGUUUCCGGGAAUAUGCCAAAUGCAGGUUUUCACCAGGCUCCCUGUGUUAAAUUCUAACAAGUACACUUUGAAUUAGCAAAUAAAUAAACUAAAAUAAAGGGUUGGGUAGAAAUAAAUAUAACACAUAUUUACAUCACUAAACGCCAUCUGUUAACUGCAAACAGUAGUUACUCUGGUGGGUUACUGGGGGAGGAAGGGGCUAGAAAAUGUUACUUUUUUUUUUUUUUUGCGUAUGUACUUCACAGAUGGCCCCUCCUCGUAUUGGUUGCUUUGGUGCCGUAUGGGGUAUUUUGUGACAUUAUUUCUUGCUACAAGUCCAGAAACAGAGAAAACUAGAGAAUGAAUACUCGACUUUACCCCUCGGCAAUAUUAUAUCUCGACAGGUUUCAUAGGAUUUGAGAGGGCCUUUGAAAUCUUUUUUUAAAACCCACAAAACAGCUGUACAAUUUUUGGCAUAAAAGGGUGUAAACAUUUUCUAUUGUUUUAAAUUUCACCCUUCUGUUUAAAAUCGCUCAUUAAAAAUAUCAAUUUCAUUCAACUCUACAAUGCAAUAAAAAUAAUAUUAUUUUUUGUAUCCUGUCCAUUUUGGCUGAAGGCAUUGGUGGACCAGAUUCAACUGUUGAUUAGAAAAAAAACCUGAUUGGACUUUAUCCCCCCCCCCCCCCCCCCCCCUUUUUUUUUUUUUUUGCACCCCAACCCCCACCCCAAGAAAAAAAAUGAGAUGCUGGUGUGCCCCAAAUAUAGGAUGUGUGCCCCAGAUAUAUGAUGCAGUGCCCCAGAUAAACAAUUAUGUGCCCCAUUUAUGAUGCUGUACCAAAGAUAUAUAAUGCAGUGCCCCAUAUAUACAAUGCUGUACCCCAUAUACAAUGCUGUGCCACAGAUAUAUAAUGAUGUGCCCCAGAUAUACGAUGAUGUGACCUAUAUAUAUAAUAAUGUGCCUCAUAUACAAUGAAGUGCUUGGAUAUAUGAUGCUGUACCCCAUAUAUACAAUGCUGUGCCCCGGACAUACAAUGUUGUGCCCCAGAUAUACAAUGCUGCGUCCCAGAUAGAUAUACAAUGCUGUGCCCCAGGUAUACAAUGCUGUGUCCCACAUAGAUAAACAAUGCUGUGCCCCAGAUAUACAAGGCUGUGCCCCAUAUAUGAUGCUGUACCCCAUACACAAUGCUUUGUCCAUAUACAAUGCUGUGCCCCAGAUAUACAAUGAUGUGCCCCAUAUACGAUGUUCCCCAUAUAUGAUGCUGUACUCCAUACACAAUGCUGUGCUCAUAUACAAUGCUGUGCCCCAGAUAUACAAUGCUGUGCCCCAGAUAUACAAUGCUGUGCCCCAGAUAUACAAUGAUGUGCCCCAUAUACAAUGCUGUGUCCCACAUAGAUAAACAAUGCUGUGCCCCAGAUAUAUGAUGCCGUGCCCCAGAUAAGAUGCUCUGCAUUAAAAAGACCUUGUCAAAAGCAAGAAGACAAAGAGUGGAUUAGGUGUGAUGCUGUUACUGAAAUAUUUGUGUAUCGCCCUCUUGUGCUAAUUCGUUCACAUUAACAAACAUUUCAUGAGUGACCAAUUUUUGUUCUAAUUUGUUGUCAUUUUUGUCCACUGCACAGACCCUGAUAUUAUCCCUCCAAGACCUCCCCUUCACUUAAAAUACUUUUCCACUUCCGUGGGCAACACGAAGAACUUGAAAACAUGGGCCAACAAAAUCAGCUUCCACCAGCGUCUGACUGAGAACCUUCAGAGAAUAAUUAACAGAGAAAAGGAAAGUAAUCAAAAGUAGGUGAAUUGAAAGACAAUGGUGGUUGUUGAUGUAAGACCAAUGUGACUGAAGACAGGGGGACUUUACAAAUGUGACUGAAGACAGGGACUUUACAAAUGUGACUGAAGACAGAGGGACUUUACAAAUGUAACUGAAGACAGAGGGACUUUACAAAUGUGACUGAAGACAGGGGGACUUUACAAAUGUGACUGAAGACAGAAUGACUUUACAAAUUUGACUGAAGACAGAAUGACUUUACAAAUGUGACUGAAGACAGAAUGACUUUACAAAUGUGACUGAAGACAGAAUGACUUUACAAAUGUGACUGAUCUUAAAUGUGUCCUGAGUAAAUCUAGCAACUCUACUAUGAGAGAAGAGUGUUAGUGUAUGGGUUGCUGUGAGAUUGGUGGAAGGGUUGCUUUGAGAUUGGUGGAAGGGUUGCUGUGAGAUUGGUGGAAGUUUUGCUCGGAGAACAGAAACUACCUUGUCAAAACUUCUGUUUUUUUAGCUGUCAAGAAAUGUUUUAGAAAUUGUUACUUCCUGAAUACUGCUUUACAAUAACAACAUUCAUUCUUUGUUGAUCAGAUUAAACCAAAGUGUCUUCACUUUCCUAAAGUACACGUUUUAGCCCUGAAUUUUUUCACUUUAACAGAAAUAAAUCAUCAAAAUGUCAGGCUGAACAAACACAGGACAUAAUGGAAGAAGCAGUGGGUAACACUCUCGAGACAGAAGAAUCAGCAAUGGAGACUACAUCUAAGGUACUUUAAGUUAUUCUUCUAUGAACCUUCUCAUGCCAACUUAAUAAUGGGAUACGUUUUUUUUUCUGAACAACCAUGUUAGUAAUUUGUCAACUUAAAUUCUUCAAGCAUAAUCCGUUAAAUAAUUUUGUCAUGCCCUAGGUUGCUGCCUGCAUAUCACUUUUUGUUGUUCCACAAUCGGCCAUCCUCUAGAGGUGUCCUGUCCACUGCCUUAAUUGUUGCGACUUAUGGUGGGUCUUCAAACAAUUGAUCUAUCUCCUAUCGAUAUCUAUCAAUGGACCAUAUAUUUUCUGAGGCUUUUCCUCUCCAAUGCACUGAACAGGUUCUCCAGGGUUUUAUUGUUGGUAAGGGACCAAGUCUCACAUCCGUAAAUGACAGCUGGUCUUAUGACAGUGGUGUAUUGGUGUAUAUAGUUUUCUUCGUUCUACUUGAGAAGUUUUUAAUUUUUUUUUUAACAUAAAUUUUAAUAAAAUAUAAAAAUGAAUUCAAGCUCUGUCCCAGAAAUAAUGUUGUAUAAUUAAAUCAGGUAAUUGGACGGUGUGACUAGUGUUCUUAUGGACGGUGUGACUAGUGUUCUUAUGGACGGUGUGACUAGUGUUCUUAUGGACGGUGUGACUAGUGUUCUUAUGGACGGUGUGACUAGUGUUCUUAUGAGCUGAAAGGUGAACUUAUUUAGUGAACUGCUGAUGCACGCAGGCUGCAGUGGUAACUCAAACAUCUGGCCUUGUAUUUUCUGGCACACCCAUGUUCACUGUACAACUGCCCGGGGAGAAUGCAUCAUCCCAAUGUAUUUUCUGGCACACCCAUGUUCACUGUACAACUGCCCGGGGAGAAUGCAUCAUCCCAAUGUAUUUUGUGGCACACACCAAUGUACAGUGUACAACUGCCCGGGGAGAAUGCAUCAUCCCAAUGUAUUUUGUGGCACACACCAAUGUACAGUGUACAACUGCCCGGGGAGAAUGCAUCAUCCCAAUGUAUUUUGUGGCACACACCAAUGUACAGUGUACAACUGCCCUGGGAGAAUGCAUCAUCCCAAUGUAUUUUGUGGCACACACCAAUGUACAGUGUCCAACUGCCCUGGGAGAAUGCAUCAUCCCAAUGUAUUUUGUGGCACACACCAAUGUACAGUGUCCAACUGCCCUGGGAGAAUGCAUCAUCCCAAUGUAUUUUGUGGCACACACCAAUGUACAGUGUACAACUGCCCGGGGAGAAUGCAUCAUCCCAACAGCAUUCUGAAACUGAUCAAAGAAAAAAACGUGUCAUCAGUAUCUCAAGAAACUACUCUAAUUAAUUAUAUAAAUGCUGAUUCCAUUUUAACGCAGAUUUAUUAUUGUACAGGCAGUGGCGUAGGAAGGGAGGGGUGGCGAGGGGGAGGGGGGUGUGUCACCCUAGGAGUCAUAUUUUUUCUUUAUAUUGGGGGGCUGUAUUUUCUGCUAACUGCAGAGUUUCUUUUUUUUUUUGUGGAAGUGGGUCAGCAAGAAUAUUGGCCCACCCCUGGUGGCAGUAACGCCAGCUAUACACGCCACUGUGUACAGACUUGACCUGCUUACAGUUAGUCAGGACAGUUAGUUUUCUACUUUAUCUAUAUGCGCUGCUAUAUGUGCCGCUCAUCAUGCUGGACUGCUUAUGAUUAAUUGAAGCAGCUUUGAGAGACACUUCUGUGUAUGAGACAAACUGCUGGAAGAUAAUUCUCUUGGUACAGCAAUUCAGAUUUUAAAAAAUAGAUUUACUGUAUAACACUGGUGCCCUCUCUUCUGUAUAACACUGGUGCCCUCUCUUCUGUAUAACACUGGUGCCCUCUCUUCUGUAUAACACUGGUGCCCUCUCUUCUGUAUAACACUGGUGCCCUCUCUUCUGUAUAACACUGGUGCCCUCUCUUCUGUAUAACACUGGUGCCCUCUCUUCUGUAUAACACUGGUGCCCUCUCUUCUGUAUAACACUUGUGCCCUCUCUUCUGGCUUCAUCUCAUAAAACGUAAUGAUAUCCUUAGAGAAGAUUUCCAAUAAGAUUUUUAUUUUUUUAAAUUUUUUUUUUUAAUUAAUGAUGAUCAGUUUUCCAUGCUUGCUCCCUUUGCUCAUGCCAUUUUCUUGUUGCUAUAACUUGACAGCAGCAAAGUCGCUUGUUAGAAAGUCUACUGAACAAGGCGUUCUUGAGGGAAGGUGCAAUAAAUGUACAGGAUCUGCUGAAAGCCUCUUCAGUUAAACAGGUGAGAGGACAUUCUAAAUCUGGCAAUGACAUUUGCCUAUUAGGUGUGUCUGUGCUUUUGCCUAUAGGAAAGUGUUGUCUGUGUGUCUUUGCUUUUGCCUAUAGGCAUGUGUUGUCUGUGUCUUAGCUUUGCCUAUAAGCAUGUGUUGUCUUUGUGUCUGUGCUUUUGCUUAUAGGCAUGUGUUAUAUGUGUGUCUUUGCUUUUGCCUAUAGACAUGUGUGGUCUGUGUGUCAAUGCAAAAGUUGACUUUUGGUUAUAGGCAUGUGUGGUCUGUGUGUCAAUGCAAAAGUUGACUUUUGGUUAUAGGCAUGUGUGGUCUGUGUGUCAAUGCAAAAGCUAACUUUUGGUUAUAGGCAUGUGUGGUCUGUGUGUCAAUGCAAAAGUUGACUUUUGGUUAUAGGCAUGUGUGGUCUGUGUGUCAAUGCAAAAGUUGACUUUUGGUUAUAGGCAUGUGUGGUCUGUGUGUCAAUGCAAAAGUUGACUUUUGGUUAUAGGCAUGUGUGGUCUGUGUGUCAAUGCAAAAGUUGACUUUUGGUUAUAGGCAUGUGUGGUCUGUGUGUCAAUGCAAAAGUUGACUUUGGUUAUAGGCAUGUGUGGUCUGUGUGUCAAUGCAAAAGUUGACUUUUGGUUAUAGGCAUGUGUGGUCUGUAUGUCAAUGCAAAAGUUGACUUUUGGUUAUAGGCAUGUGUGGUCUGUGUGUCAAUGCAAAAGUUGACUUUUGGUUAUAGGCAUGUGUGGUCUGCUGACUUUUGCCUAUUAGGAGUGUGUGGUCUUUGUUUCAGUGCAAAAGUUGACAGUUGAAUCAAUGUUGUGACAACUGAAUUUGUACAUCGUUUGUGACAAAGUUUUAUUGUUUUGUUAAAUUAUUUAUCAGUGGAAAGGGGAAUUUGAAAGGGGCAAAAAUUGAUUUGAUAGUAAAGCUACAUCCGAAAGUGUAAAUUAAAAAAUAACAAGUUUUGUUUAAUAUCCUAAAAUUAUCAUGCAUUUUUAGAAUAAUCAUGUAUUUUUAGAAUUGUCAUGUAUUUCUAGAAUUAUGUAUUUUUAGAAUUAACAUGUAUUUUUAGAAUUAUCAUGUAUUUUUAGAAUUAUCAUGUAUUUUUAGAAUUAUCAUGUAUUUUUUAGAAUUAUCAUGUACUUUUAGAAUUACAUGUAUUUUUAGAAUUAUCAUGUAUUUUUAAAAUUAUCAUGUAUUUUUAGAAUUAUCAUGUAUUUUUAGAAUUAACAUGUAUUUUUAAGUGUAGUGAUUACAAAUAGCUGGUAAAUAUGAGGGCCUUCAACGCUUCUUACUUGUUUAAAAGUGUUUUUUUUUUAAUUAAAAAUGUAUUUUUUAGCAUGGAUUUGAAUUGAAAAAAACUUAAUUCCAGCAAAGGAAGAUGAGAAAACGCCAGUAUGCAGAUGAGAGCUCAAAUUUAGAUGUACAGCUAAGGAACAUCAUAUGCAGUAAGAAGAGAUCAAAUAUGAGAAUGGGAUAUCGACGUAUACUUGGUAAGAAUGUUAUUAUUGACAUGUCUCACUGUCUUUACUAUGUAUUUAUAGAUAGACACAAACACAAGAUGGAGAUCUCCAAGAUGUUAUCGAGAUUAUCGUGGAGACACGUUGUUGUUCAUUUAGCUGUUGGAUAAAACUGUUUGUCCUGGUUACUCUUCUCAAACUAUUCUCAAUGCUGAAUGAAGAUUGAUGAGUUAUUUGGUUUGCUUUCACUUUGAACAGAAAGAGACAGGCGACCUGCCAGUGAAAUAGAGCAAGAGUUGGAUGAGCUGGACCUGAUUGUACCACAGUUACUGCUCAAGGUAGCUACAAAUGUUUGUUUGUCACAUAGACCUGAUUGUACCACACUUACUGCUCAAGGUAGCUACAAAUGUUUGUUUGUCACAUAGAUCUGAUUGUACCACAGUUACUGGUCAAGGUAGCUACAAAUUUUUGUUUGUCACAUAGACCUGAUUGUACCACACUUACUGCUCAAGGUAGCUACAAAUGUUUGUUUGUCACAUAGACCUGAUUGUACCACAGUUACUGGUCAAGGUAGCUACAAAUGUUUGUUUGUCACAUAGACCUGAUUGUACCACACUUACUGCUCAAGGUAGCUACAAAUGUUUGUUUGUCCCAUAGAUCUGAUUGUACCACAGUUACUGCUCAAGGUAGCUACAAAUGUUUGUUUGUCACAUAGAUCUGAUUGUACCACAGUUACUGCUCAAGGUCUCUGUUCUUAAAUGCCCUCCCAGUGUCUAUUUAUCCACCCUCACAGUGCCUCUUUGUCUUUAACUGCCCUAACAGUGCCUCUUUGUCCUUAUCUGUCCUCACAGUGCCUCUCUGUCCUUAUAUGCCCUCACAGUGUCUCUCUGUCUUUAACUGCCCUGACAGUGCCUCUCUGUCCUUCUCUUCCCCUAACAGUGCCUCUCUGCUCUUAUCUGCCCUCAGAGUCUCUCUAUCCUUAUAUGCCCUCACAGAGCCUCUCUAUCCUUAUCUGUCCUCAGUGUCUCUCUGUCUGUAUCUGUCCUCACAGUGUCUCUCUGUCCUUAUCUGUCCUCACAGUGUCUCUCUGUCCUUAUCUGUCCUCACAGUGUCUCUCUGUCCUUAUCUGCCCUGACAGUGCCUGUCUGUCCUUAAACUCCCCUCACGGUGCCUAUUUAUCUGCCCUCAGAGUACCUCUUUGUCUGCCUUCACAGUACCUCUCUGGCCUUUACUGCUCACAGAGUCUUCCUGCCCUUUACUGUCCCCCCCCCUAGUGCCUAUUUAUGUGUCCUUUACUUUCCGCACAGCGCCUCUCUGUUUUUAAACUGCCUUCACAGUGCCUAUUGAUCUCCUCUAAGAGUACCUCUUUGUCUGCCUUCACAGUGCCUAUUGAUCUCCUCUAAGAGUACCUCUUUGUCUGCCUUCACAGUGCCUCUCUGGCCUUUACUGUCCUUGUAGCGCCUCUCCAUUCACUUCUCAAUAUCCCACAAUAUCUAUUUUAAUAACCACACAGAGAGAUUUUUAUUUUUUCUAUGUUUGAAUGUCUGAAAGUAAACAAGUUACUCUUGACUUACUCAUCCUAUACUUGACUGCAGGGUCUAGGGACAGAUGUUGAGACUCUGUAUAACGGUGCCAGACAUCUGAGAUUAAACAGACAAAAACAACGCAGUAGGCUUCUCAGUGUUGAAGAAGAACUAAGAGACAAUAAAGACCAUGCUGAAUUAGAGAAAGCCCUGGAAGAAAUUGCUGCCAGAACAGAUUUUAGUGAUAAGAAAAAAGAACAAAAGAUCAAAUUUGUGCAGAAGCGCAUGAGAAAGUUGAGGAAUGUGCUGACAGAGAAAUUCUCAGAAGAAGAAUUGAUAAUAGAGACCAAACUUCGUUCAGUGUACAGAGAUGUAGAGUACAUGGAGGAUUUACUGACCAGUGAUGUUGAGGUUGAGAAAGAACUCCCUGCUCUGUAUGGGAAUGCUGUUUCAUCAGACGGCGGCAGCUCAUCUGUCCCAACAACCUCUGUGGCUGACACCUCUUCCGUCUUGUUGUCGGAUACAUUGCCAGCCGGGCCAGCAUCAGGGCUAAACCCUGGAGGUCUAGAUGAGGUCAACACUGGCACCAGGAGGGAAAUAAACAAGACAAGAGUCACUGAAGUCGUUCCACAGGGUACGUCAGAUGUGGCCAGCCCAUCAGACAAAGACCAGUCACCUAAAAGAAUGCCCAGGGCCUGCAGGUUGGCCAACACCUCACAGCCUGACCCUGGUCUUAAAAAGAUAGAACCCUGGAGUCAGCAAAAGAUAGCCGACGAGUCAGCUCAACUUUCAACCUUGGAGAAAAAAACUGUAACUGAUUUGCCGCUGCUGCCGCCAAACUUCACCACGCUGCGCGCCUUGAGGGCGCUGUUGUUGAGGCGAGAUGAGCUCAUUUCAAAAGCUGGUAAAUUUUACAAUCCCGAUUCUUACAAAAGGCGACCACAGAUGACGGUGGCGGCUAUGGGCCAAGAAGAUUCACAGCAAGUCCACAUGACAGAUGCCGAGCCUGGUGUGUGGUUUCUGCCAACUGACUCCAAAGGUCUCCAAGAGCAGGCUAGUCAGUUUGAGGGCUUCACCCUAUCUGCAGGCAGACCUCGGUUCGACGUCAUAGUCUCGUCUGAAACUAAUCGUCUGAAAAAGAGGAGAAUCAAUGAAUCCAGUACGAAUCAAGAGCCGGGCGUUCCAACUCUGCCCUCCGUGUCAAGUGACAUCAAACCUUUCUUGUGUGACGACAGCCAUCUGUCUCAGAAGAGCAGCUACAGCAUAGUCAAGGCACCUUCUGGAAGCCUGAACAAUUCCCAGGUGUGUUUCCAGAAGUCAGAUGAUCAUGCCGGCCUUGCGUCCCUGCCGACUCAUGGAUACAUAAGCAUGACCUUGACCCCAAACAGUGUCACCUUGGUGCCUUCAACAAGCAAGUUGUCUGAGGGUCAAGAGGGGGCUGUCAUUCCUGACAACGUGCAGCUGACAACCGACGCCUCUUUGGAUUUUGAAAAUGCCCCUCAAACAUCGGCAGAAAUUGAUGUCAAAGUUGUCAUUGAAGAAGCUGAUGCGAUUGUGAAAAACGAGAGCAGGUUUUCAUCUAAUGCUUCACAUACAGAUGACAGUAAAAAUGUUCUAAAAAAUUAUGCUUCUGACUUGGGUCAAGUUGUUACUGAUGGGAACUCUUUGCAGUCAAUUAGUCAUUGUAAGGAUUCCAGUGAACAGCACGCUUACACAGUUCAUGCUAGUGAACAAAAUGCUUACACAGUACAUGUUAGUUCCAGACACACAGCUUGUGCACCUGACCUUUUCAAAACUUCUACCAGCUCAACAACUGGGAAGGCCGUAGGAGUUGUUGAGGUCACAGCGGAGAGCAAUGACAGUUAUGUACCUAAAAUGUUGCCGAAGUGGACUAAAAAAAUUAACCGCUACACUGGAGUGAGCGGCGUUCAUCUGCCAGAGGACAAAGCUCGUAAACUUUUGUCUUCUCAUAAACUUUCCAACAAGGAGGCGGACGUUGUCAUUGUAGGCGUGGAUUCAAAUGCUGGCAAAAUUGUUCAUUUCAAAGAAGCAGAGAACAGGUUUGAAGCUUUUGAGGUAAGUCUUUUUACACCUUCAUUAAAUGUUAGCCAUCUAUUUGUGCAAUUUUUACAUCGACGUUAGGUUAGCGUAAGGGUUAUGCUAGUAUAUAACAAAUUGGUGGGGGGGAGAUUCUUGGAAUUAGAAUAAAGUAAUUAUUGAUGUGGUACAGAUUUUUGGUACUUAGCUAUACAAAUUACACUGACCUCUCUAAAAAAAAAAACAAUAGCCACCGCUUCCACCUUUUUAUAAAAUUAUUAAAGGGAAUUCGAUGACACGCACAGCCUGUUUUUACUGCUGUCAGCCCAUCUUCCCAUCCUACAGCCAAGACAGUUGUAACUGUCUCAAUCUGAGAAAUGAAUGGUAAUGAAUGGGAUUGAUCUCUGCAGAGUGUCUCAACAAAUAUGCAAUAUAGACAAUAAUUAAUGUGAAAGUCUGGAAUAUGAAGAUGUCUUGGUUCAGACUUUUUAAUAAAUUUAAACCUUGAACCAUUUUUUUUUUUUAAAGAAAAAACUGAUAAAGAUUUUUUGCGUUAAAAAGACAGAAAAUCCAAAUACCAUGUUACUUUAUCACAAUUCAGGAACUGCCAUUACUAAAUAUGAUUACAAAUUAAACAUAAAAACAUUUCACAAUAUAUAAAAACAAUCUGUUUCGUACAGUCAAUAUAUGUUUAAAAAUAAUAUGUCCCUCUUUCCAACAGUCUGUAUAUACUUAAAAAUCUUUCUUUCAAAUAGUCCUUAGAUCAGUGGUUCUCAACCUUUCUAGUGCCGCGACCCCUUAAUACAGUUUCUCGUGUCAUGGCGACCCCCCAGCCACACAAUUAUUUUCGUUGCUACUUCAUAGCUGUAAGGAUAUAUGUUUUCAGAUGGUCUUAGGCGACCCCUGGAAAAGGGUCCCGUGACCCCCAAAGGGGUCGCGACCCACAUGUUAAGAACCGCUGCCUUAGAUGCUUAAAAAUUUAUGUCCUCAGUGUCAAUAUAUGCCUUAACAAUAUGUCCCUUUUCCAAAAGUCAAUAUAUGCUUUAACAAUAUGUCCCUUUUCCAAAAGUCAAUAUAUGCCUUAACAAUAUGUCCCUUUUCCAAAAGUCAAUAUAUGCCUUAACAAUAUGUCCCUUUUCCAAAAGUCAAUAUAUGCCUUAACAAUAUGUCCCUUUUCCAAAAGUCAAUAUAUGCUUUAACAAUAUGUCCCUUUUCCAAAAGUCAAUAUAUGCCUUAACAAUAUGUCCCUUUUCCAAAAGUCAAUAUAUGCCUAAAAAUAAUAUUUCCAUCUUUCCAACAGCCCAUAGAUACUUAAAAAUAAUGUCUCUCUUUCCAACAGUCCAUAGAUACUUAAAAAUAAUGUCUCUCUUUCCACCAGUCCAUAGAUACCGUAGGUGUGGAGAUACCUCUUGGCAGAAGCUUCAGCAAAGCAAAGGUCACUGAUCAGAGAGAGGAACACUUGAGAGCUACCCAGGAACAAGAGAGAGGUAAUCUUAUCAGAGCCAUCAGGCAGAAGGAUGAGUACAAGUUUUUACUUGCCAGGUAAGAUUUCGCUAGCUAAAUGAAUAUUGCAAUCACAGCCACUCACAGACACUUUAAGCAUGUUCAAUUGACCCUUUGACUAAAUGUUCCAUGAAUCGGUAUGCUUGAAUCCUGUUUGCAAGGGCUUUCAAUUUGGCUUAAGGGUACACUGACCUUUGUUCAAUCUAACCCCCAUCGUAAAUUAUGAUUAAACGCAGCUAUUGUGUCUGUUUUAAACUCAAAAGAACAGAGAAGAAUUAAUCAUUACAAAAAUAGUCUAAAAUUCAUCAAACUUGUGAUCUUAAUUUCCUUGAAUUUGAAACAUUUUGAGAGGAUUUUAAAAAUAUUUUUUUAUUGACAGUGUUAAUGGUAAACCUAAACACUUGUAGGAGAAUAUAAAAAAAAAAAUCCUCAUCUAAUCAAGUGUGGCAUCAUCCUUCAUGUCUCAACAGAUUCAGAGCUUUGCUGAUGUGGCCUGUUGUUCUUUCUACUGUACAACCCAGCGCUGUGCCCGACAGCCAGUCCUCCGCAACACUUGGCUAUUAUGUUGAGGUGGAAAAGAAAGAGAAAUUUAAGAAGAUGUGAGUCUGUGCUGGUUAAAGGGUUCAGACAAUCGGCUAUCAAAACUUGUACUGUACAACUUAAAAUAACCGUACAACUUAAAAUGAAAAACCCUUAUAGGAUUUUUUCUUCAUGUUGCUUUUAUUUCAUGUCAUCUAGAAAUAUUCAUACUUGCUUACUUAAUCAUAACAGAAAUUAGCUGUUCAUGUUACAGAAUUAAGAAAAUCUUCAACCAGAACUGUUCAGGUUUUAUUUCUAUUACCGUAUUUUCUGGCUUAUAAGACGACUGUACCUAAUCAGACGACCCCCCUCCAUUUCCAGUUAAAAUAUAGGGUUUGGGCUGUAUACCAGCUUAUAAGACGACCCCCAGCAUAUAAGACGACCCCCAGCAUAUAAGAUGACCCCCAGCUUAUAAGACGACCUCCAGCAUAUAAGACGACCCCCAGCAUAUAAGACGACCCCCAGCUUAUAAGACGACCCCCAGCUUAUAAGACGACCCCCAGCUUAUAAGACGACCCCCAGCAUAUAAGACGACCCCCGACUUUUGAAAAGAUUAUCAUGUGUUAAAAAGUCGUCUUAUACGCCGGAAAAUACGGUAUUUAAAAUUUUUUGAGACUCUUUGUUUUCUCCAUUUUGACAGGGGAAAAAAGGGAAAGGUAUCAUUAGCACAGAGAGAGCACAUGGCAAGAAUGAGGAAAGCAUCCCUGGAAUCAAGGAGAGCCAAGAUGAUGCACAAGAAACAACUGAAACAAUUGGCGGCGGCCGCCAAGUCGGUCACUUCAGGUAGCAGGCGCGGAAGAAAGCGUAAACUGGUUGAAGCUGCAGGAGAGGGUAGCACAGCCGUUGAGAAGAACGUGGAGGCCAGUGAAAAACCAAGUGAGCCAGAUCAAAGCAACACCUCGGUAGCCCCAAAAACUGGUAAAUGUUGUUCGUUGAUCAUAAAUAAUAGUUUUGUCAAGGUCUCUUCAUUGGAAUGUCUGUUUACUGCAAGCUGGUUUGUUAUAAAUGAUAAGGGUAGUUCCUUUUUUUUAAAAGCAAAAUUUUGAUAAUUUUUUGUAGAAUUUUUUUUUUAAGCUCAUUAAAAAAAAUAAGUGUUCCAAUUGACUUAAUAUUUUCAGUGAGGCAAUCUCAGAAGACCAUUGGACGUCCCAAAGGGUCCAAAAAUAAGAAACAUGAAAGGGCAUCCGUCGACCGCCCCAAGAGAAAUGUACGCAAGAUUGUAGAGUUACCUCAGAAAACUGGGAACGAACCACCCAAACAGAUGCCCCAGUGGUGGAAAGAUGCAAUGCUCGCUGCCAUGGUGUCAAAGAAAGAGCUGGAGGCUAAUGGAGAGACCUUGGAACAGGUGGACAUAUCCGAGGAUGAGGAUUUUAAAGAUAAGGGAAACUACUCUGAUGAUGAAUGGGUGCAAGAAUUACGCUUGCAGGAGACUUAAACAAAGCUUACUUCCAGGAAUCAGAAGUUGGUCACGAUUCUUAGAAGAGCAGAUUAAAAUUAGGUUAUUUUUGUUGUUUCUGAAAGAGUUUUUGUUGAUGAUUUUUCUGUACAAAUUUUUUAUGACCAGAUCAGCAGAUUCCUUUCAUAUCCUGAUGGAUGAUGAUAAUGAUAAUGUACCUAUUUAAAGAACGCACAAAUAUUCUGCCUUGGUUCUUGAUCUAUACAAUUAUGCAACCUUUACUCUAGUCAGCCAGCAUCUAGAAAAUCUGGAGACCUUACAAUUAAAAUUUAUUCAUAAUUUUUAGGUGUCUUUCUUCCAAUUGAGUAUUUUUUUACUAACAUUUAAAUUAAGAUUUCAAAGAGGAUAGCAAAAGAGAUUGCAGAAUAACUGGAUACAUUUAAAAGGAUCAUAAAAUUUCGUGACAUAAAUGUCAAUACUUUUUUUCUUGGAGGUGCC